CGACAGAACUGGCGUGUACUAGUUCGGUGCAAAACGGCUCUAACGUAAAACCAAGACUUUUCGUGAACGCAUCGCGUGUUCGGUAUAUACAAUUUUGGCCUUGUAGAUCUUCUUCUUCCAGAACUGGACGGCGCGCUGCACCACCUGGUCGCGCAGCUUCAGCUUCAGCUUAUCCUUAUCCAUGUGGUGUAUCCUUAAGCUGCGUUCGCACGCCACAAACAAUCACACACGCAGAGACGCGGCCGGGUAGCUGCGACGUACUUACCAUUGUGCACCUGUGUUGCCUGCCACUUGCCUUCCAGGCUCUCGCUCACCUAAGGAUGAUGUCGGACUGUGCCUUGAGUUGGAAAUGGACGAAGAGGUUAAGGAGAUCAUCACAAGUCCCGAAAAGUGCGCGUCCGCUUUGCUCGACGUGACCGUGAUAAAACCCAAAGAGAAAACCUAUACCACGCAGAAAAGAACUAUGAGUGCGGAAGAAGUUAGACAGUUUAUAGCUGCUAUGAAUUUUGAUACAAAACAAAACGAGCACCAUGCGGAACAAAGCCAAUACGUGGACUACUCUUCAGGAGACGGUAUCAGCAAUCCUGUUCCAAAAGAUAGACAACGGAGAGAUAAGUGCGACGUCAGCGAAAACAAGAAAGUCUAUUACUUAGAUGACCCUGAGUUUUUUGGUCAAAUCAAAUAUCUGCUGCAACGUGAAACUGGAGGACAUCCUGAGGUACGGCAGGUAUAUAGGACGCACAAGCCUGCUUCUGAUCUGAACAAGGUAUUCAGCUGUAAAAAUAAGUACCGACCGGAUAAUGAAAAACCGUCGACUCCGUGCCUGUGCAAGAACUGUGCGAUAUUAGGAAUAGUAGCAGAUUCGCAGAAGAAACCUUUCGCCACCGAAGAAAUGAUAGACCCGAGGAAAGCUAAAAGUCCGUGUAUACGAAAAGAGACUGGAAACCCUUCCAGACGCAAGCGGUCUGUAAACUUCGCAGACGAACCUGCACCCUGCGAGUGGUACUUCCAACAAUUAUCGACGAGAAUCAAAGAGUUAGAAACCAGGAUGGCUAUCCAGGAAGAGAAAUCCGUGCCCAAAGACUACUUCAGGAGGAUCAUAACAAAGCUGGUGACGCACAUCACAAAAGCGGCACCUAGCAACGUCAAAAUGCAGUCCGGCUCGCCGAGGAAGUACGCUGUUCCAGAACCUAAACGAGAUAAAUACAGCCCUCUCUAUCACAAAGUGGUCCAGCCGAUAAUCGUUGAAGAACCCGCUCGCCAUCAUCAGUACCCGGGGCGAACGCGGGCCGAAAUAGACCAAAACGCGAUCCACACCUCCUCCAAACAGACCCGUCAUACCGAACACAGCAGCAGCAGCGCGUGGAAAUGGCGGGAGGAGAUCCUGAAGCCUGGAAUAGACUUGAAGAACAGGAUCAUCGCUCUGAUGGAAGACACGCUGAACGCGCUCAAGUGGUCCAAGGAGAAGCCUAAAGAGACUGAGCUGAAGGACUUCGUUGAUGAAUUGUCUAAUAACCUGUACAAUGCCGUGAAUGAGUUGCCAGUUAAGGAGACAAAGCUGAAUGACGAAAAGAAGGUAAAAGCGCCAGGCCCAGAAAGAGACAGUACCUUGAAGAAGGAAGCUGUGUGUGUGGCCUAUGUAAAUCCCAAGAUGUUCAAAUGGCAAGAAUCGCAGGAUUCGAAGACCUCAUCUGUCCUAAAGAAUGAAUCACACGAAUCUGUUAAUCACUAUAAAAACGAGUUCGUCCAAACGAUACUGAACACAAAAGAAGAAGACAGACGGAAAUUGUGGCAGAACAUUUGGCAGCAGGCGCUCACCAACAAGCAAAACAAGAACGACAAGAUCUCCAUCCAAUUCCCGGGAAGGCACGACCAAAGACGAAGCGAAAAUGUCCAGAUCGAAUACACUAUUGGAGAGAUGGAACAUCUACUGCUGCGUGGAAGAAGAGACGAGAAAAAGUCUUCUAAAACUCGGAGACCGUGCUGACUUUUGAGAAUAUUUGUGAUUGGCGCAAUUUCUUUGUGAUUUUUUUAAUGUGAUAGUUACAUAUGUGUCAUAUUAACUGUGUAACUUACCUCUCGAAUAAAUUGAGCAGAAAUGCUAUCUAUUUACAAAGUAUAA